GGGGCUACUACUACUAUCUGUAGUUGGAUAUUAAGCGCCAAAAGCUACUGCGAUUCCCUGCACAUAGCAGUGAUGAGACGACUUUUCUUUGCUCUUAAAGCGAUACUCGCCACAGUCAUGGGCAUUGGCCUUGCCAAUCUUAUUGCACGAAGGCCUCAUUUCUCCGACAACAGUCUUUUCAAAGGAAUUGCUCUCAGCGAUGAUCUAUCCCUUCAAAUAGAUUUCGGAGAACCAGUAUGGAUGCGAAUAGACCAAACAGCACACUACCGCGCCGAUACCGACGAGGGCGGAGAAGAGUUUGCGAAACUCGUUCCGCGGGGAGGGCACACCGUUCCCAUCAAAGAUGCGGAGACGGGUGAAAGUCGCAUUUACACGGUGACGCUCUUUCACCAGCUCAAGUGCCUGGGAAUUAUCCGUGACAACUAUGCGGAAAAGCGCCCCCCGUCGUCGGUUACUCGUCACUGCAUGAAUUAUCUUCGCCAAUCAAUUUUGUGCCACCCCAACAUCAAAAUUGAGCCGGUCGUAAAUAACGUGGGGUCUGCCGUCAGGGGAUACGAGACUGUUUGUCGUGACUGGACAAAAGUUUAUGAGGAGGUGGAUAAGCUAAAUGGAAUGACUUCGGAUGUGUAGGAGGUUUGAACGGAUACCUGUACAGACUGCACUCCAUGACUAUACAGUGCGUACUGAAGUAUACACACAAUUGUACUUGCAUAGGCCAAAAGAAAUGUAUCUGCACAAAUUGGACGAGAGUUUGUGUAUGUGGGCUCG